AACUCUCUCUUGCAGUGAAAAUCAGUGCAAAAAAAAGUGUUUCUGCUCAAUUCUUCAGAUAGUGGAAGUUAUUUUAAAGAAAAUUAAAAUUAUAUAAUAAGCUACUUGUGCAUGUCGUUUUAAUAUGACACUCAAGAGCCCCGAAAUCAUUUAAAUUCCUGAGUAAAAUAUUUUUUUCAAAUUAUCCAUACGAAACUAUCUAUUUUAAACAGAACUCAGGUGCUUAACUUCAAUUGCAGUAUUCACAUUGUAUUAGUGCUAACUGGGCGGAUGUCUAUAUAAAUUUUUUUUACAAAUAAGGUGUAUUGGUUAACCACUUACUUAGGCAGUCAUUGGCACUGGUGACAAACAUUUUGAAUAAUGAAGGGACCUACAGAAAAACAUUUUGAAGGUAUUUAUGCUAAUCCUCGUCUUAUGCAUUCAGUUGGGCAGAUAGUUGGCUGUGUAGUUCAAGUUCAAGUAAAAAAUGGGAGUAUAUUUGAAGGAGUUUUAAGAACAUUUUCUAGUAAAGCUGAUUUUGUGCUUGAGUUGGCUCAACGAGUUGACAAGAACUCAAACAAUCCUAGUACUGUGAUAAACUCAAACAAUCCUGAUGAUUAUUUUGAAAAAAUUGUCUUUAGUUUUGGAGAUGUGAUUAUGAUAUCUGCUUGCAAUGUUGAUCCAGACUUUGCAACUCGAGAAACAUUCACCGAUACUGCUAUCAGUAAAUUCAAUGGACAGGUUCUUGAAAAAGAGUUAGAGCCCUGGGAUGGUGAAACUUCAACAGGAGAUGGAUUAUUAGACCUCGGUACUGGUGAAGAAGAAGCGAACGGUUGGGAUCCUCAGGAUAUGUUCAAAACCAAUGAAGAAAAAUAUGGUGUAAAAUCCUCUUUUGAUAAAACCCUAUCUGGUUACACAAUUCCUCUAAAUAAACAAAACACUGAAGAAUAUAGGCAAAAAGAAGAGAAAGCUGAUAAAGUUGCAACAGAAAUCGAAAGUAGUAUGCAUCACAAAACGAGAGCAGCUUUAGAAAAUGGGGAUGAAGAAGAAAGAUUUAGUGCUGUUGUCAGGCCAGAAAAUAUGAAUAAUUUCAGGUUUGUACCACACAGACAGCGAAGAUCUGCACAAAAUAUUAGAAAUAUGCGAAAUAAUGGUACAUCCCACAUGAAUAGAAAUUCUCAUCAGCACACUCAGGUCUUUCCGCGUGUUUCUAGUCCAACCACUGCAACAAAUAGCAAUAACUCUCAAGCUGGAUACCGGCAAGUGAACUCUUCAAAUUCCAUUUCUCCACGUCAAACUCCGGCUUCUAGUCCAAGGCAGUCUAAUGUGCCGGGGAAUAAUUCCACUCCUCAAUUUCAACAAACGUCUACCCCUAGUCCCGUAAAUCCUUCUACCCGUACUACUCCCCCUUCAGUCACUACUCCUACUUCAUCUCAAGAAGAAAGUCAUAAAUUAAAUGGUGAAUCUGACAAAACAGAUUUAAAGUUUGCUCCUAAACCGCCACGCUCAUUGAAUCUUCAUUCAUCAGCUAACAAAGAAAUGCGAGAAACUAUUAUAAAUCAGCAAGUAUCAAAUAAAAACAUGGACAGGCGUAAAGAAUUGGAUAAGAAAACAGCUGGACAAAAAGCUCGAGAUGAAAAAACAGAAGAUUUGAAAAGGUUCCAUGCCAAGUUCAAACUUUCAGAAGAUCCCAAAGACACUCUGGAUAGUGUCCAAAAACCUGAUGUACACCCUGCGACUUCGUCUGCUCACCCAGCUAAGCAUCAUCACAAGGAGAGACAAAAAGAGGAAGAAAGAAGGACUCCUGAUAACAGGAAAACUCCUGAAAGUCCAAAAAAUUUUACCUUAAAUCCCAAUGCAAAAGAGUUUGUCUUCAAUCCCAAUGCAAAGUCUUUUACUCCUAGGGGUGUUCCAAUACAAGCUGUAGUGCCUCCACCCGUACAGCCACCACCAAGACUUCACAGUCAGAGCCCCAUAAUGGCUAUGCCUCAACCUCAUCUAAUGCCUGGUAUGGCCCAGCCUAUGUUUAAUGUGGCACCUCAUUAUGUUGUGUCUGCCACACCUGUUUCAAUGGCUCCUCCAUUUACUCCUGCUCCAUCAGUGGCUCAAGCACCUAGGUUCAGGAAAGCUAUGCCAAUGACUCUACGACAUGACCUGUCUCAGCCUGUGCACGUUCAAGCAGCUACUGGACAACCUAUUCUUGCUCAGCCUACCCUGUCUGGACCACAAUUUACUAUUCAGUAUGCUACUCCUCCAGGAAUGUUGCAUCCACCUGGUCCACCACAGCAGCUUGCCUAUGCUCAGAUGUAUUCACUGAUGCCUCGUGUUUUAACUCCACAACCUGUAGGAAUGGUGCCAACUUCAGCAGCCUAUGGGGAGAGUCCUCAAAUUCCAACACAUGUUUAUAUGUCUCACCCUGCAGGUCCUGGUUUACAACAUGCUAUGACUAGUGGUAAUGGUGGACAACAUUCAACACCAUCCACUCCUCAAUCCCAGACUCCAAACAUCCAUCCUGCACCUUCUCCAGUUCAUCAGCCACCCCCUAGCGGUGGACACGGUCAGCCACCCACUCCGACUGGCCAUCCGAGCAACGCUCCUACACCCCAGCCAGUCAUGUAUAGUCAUGGUCAUGUGGCUGCGCAUCCUCUUCACCCUAAUCAUCAAUCAUCGAAUCAGGGUCAUCCGUUUGCAGCCUCGUACCCAGGGACGCCACAACCCAUAGUUCUCUUACAGCAACAACCGCAUACUUUUACCUCAUCUCUACAGAACCAUUUGCAUGGUCAAACGGCUGGUAACCAUGCUGGCACUCCAACACAUGUGCUACAGCACACUCCUUUGGCUAUGAUACCAACUAGUGCUGGAAUGGUGCAUUCCCAAACUCAUUAUGUUCCACAUUCACAAGUGUGAUCAAGAAGCUGCUUAUAUGAUUCGGGAUAGUGCAAAAAAAAAAAAACGAAGAUUUAAUUUAUUAAGUAAUAAGCAUAAAAUUUAGAGCAUUGUCUUUCAUAGACUUUAGAUUCGGCGAAAAUAGAACAAUAGAUUAUUUGUUUUGUUACAAUAAACUGUAAAAUUUUCUAACUGCUUUCUUAGUUUAAGACUGUUAUGAAACUAAUAAAAAUUAUCUAAAAGUUAA